AUGAAUCCGCUAGACUAUCUACCUCCCGAUGUCUUCACGCACACCUGGGGAGCGCCAACACGCGCCGUGCAGACGCUAGGGUCGCAUGUCUGCGUGGUGAGUCCUCGUUAUGAACGCAUGGCAGUUGCGAUUAUGGCGGUGGAGAGCAUCGAGCCGGCACCGCCUCCUCAGUUCGAGGUCGUGUGCACAGGUCACACACGCACCUUUCUGCCAACCCCGCACCCCGGCAGCUGCCCGCUCGACUAUACCGCUCUCUUCGUAACGCUGCAUCGCCGGCAGAGUGAAAAGAUUACCUGCCGUCAUGCAUCACGUCCGGUGCCGCUACUCGCCUCCGGAUCGCCAGGAAUAAGACAGCUACAUGAGGCUUUCCCUUCAGCUGCCGCUGGUGGCUGGGUGACGGCUCGCACACCACCGUCGCCAGCAGCAGCGUACGCCUCUCAGAACGUGGAACUCGGCAUUCGUGGGCGUCGCGUGGAAGACUUCGCGACGUCUGCGGGCCGCUCAACUCCUCCUCCCUCAGGCUCCUUGGAGGGCAGGCUCGCUGUGGUGGAGCGUCCCGUCCCUGAGUCGGUGGCGGUCACGCCGGUGACAACUGCGGCGCUGUCGAUCCCUGUGGGGACUGUUCAUCACCGUCAGCAGCAGCAGCAGCAUCAAUCUUUGGGCACCGGUCAACCGUACGAUCACCAUCAGCGACGGCCACGGCCAGAUCCGCAGCGCAUGCAGUACCGCGUCGGCCGCAGUGGCAGCACGCAGCCCCCGCCUCUCCCUAAUUUACACGGUGGAACGCCCUCGAACACCGGCAGUGCCACCACACCCCUCCCCACACAGCAGACGGAGGAGGUUGCGCCGCAGCCGUUGGCGCGUCUCCUGUCCUCACUCCCGCCCUCCCCCGCGGCCCUCCCCCGCUCGCCCGCCAUUGCUUCAUCAGCGUCCACCUCGAUGCCGCGUGAUAGCACCUCAUUCGUCUCUCUCGCCGCCAGCUCCCUACGCCCUUCUGUUAGUCGAGCGAUUUCCACGGAGACGACCGAGGCAACCGCGCUUCCCAGCAACAUCGACCGCCACUACAUCCUCAUGCGUCGCGACUCGUCUUUCCUUGCCGGUAGAGGUGACACACCAGGUGAGGCAGCCAUGGAAGACGUGCAGCAGUCACGCUGGCUUCUUUCGCGGCACCCACGUCAACGCGCGAGUAGCGGCAAUGCCGAUGCGGUGGUCGACGAAGUCGGUGCUGGCGCCCACGGCGAGGUGGGCACACGAGAACGACUGCAGCAGCAGCUUCAACGCACUCUGGAGCGGCAGCGCCAGCGCGAGCUGCUCACGUUCGAUUUCAACGACGGCUUGGGUGACGCAAGAGGGCCACAGCAACGCACAGCAGAGCACAUGUUUCUCUCCCCGGACGCAUCAGGCGCUCAUUGGUCAGCGAGUGAGGGACCACGGCGAGGGCGAGCUGCUGCUGCUGCGCCGUACGUGUUUCGAGGAACCGGCGCAGAUGACAACUCGGACGAGAUUCGCGCGGACUCGGUCGCUGUCGCUCGGGGUCUGCCUCUUGCCUCGGCGCAGACACGCAGCCGUGGGAGCACCUCGCCGUCACCGCAGCAGCACGAUCUCCCACUGUGGUGGCGGAGAGGACAAGCUGCGCGAGGGCGGCAGCCACAACCGGACGCUGCACAGCAGGGCCACAGUGAUGAUCAUCGGCUGUCGCCGUCUCCAGCAGCAGCCGUCGGAGAAGAUGCGCAUCCUCGCCACACAGGAUCCGCACCGCAGCGCACUUCUGGUGCGUCGUCCCCCACGCCGGCAUCCUCUGUCGUUGUGUCGCGAUCUGCAGCACCACGCGCGACAUCGGCCAGCACAUGCGCGGCGCAGAUGCUGCUGUCGCCGUCCGUACGCGUCGAUCGCGGUGGGCGCAGCGCCUCGCUGCAUGUUUCCCUUUCCUUUGCCACCGCUGGCGUUGUCGACGUCGACGACACAAUAGUGACAUCGUCUUGUGCGGUGUUGCCGUCACCGAUCCCGGUGGAUCACUUGCGUCGCCCUUCACUGCCCAACGCCGCACUCACAGACGUCGUCCCAUCAAGCCGGAUGCCCAGCGAAGAGGCCUACCGUGCAGAGGGCGCAAUGUGCCUGGGCGACAGCAGUCGAAGAGUCUCCGCGCUUGCGCAUCCCCGAAACAGCGUGAGCUGCUUCAACAAUCCCGCAGUCGAUGCGAUACACGUAGAUGCAGUGACGGCCGCAGCGAUGGCAAGCACGGUUGGCCAUCGUGCGUGGAAGCUGGGGUCCCGCUGCAGCUCCUGUCCUUCAGCGAGCGCAACCGGACGGACGGCGGCCUCGGAGCGUAGUAGUCGCGAUGAUUUCGACUUCGAGCGCAGCACAUCAGAACCGCACCAGGACGGCGUGUUCGAGGAGGACGCUGGCGCGGUCGAUGAGGAGACGCCGUUUGUGCGGCGCACCAGCCCUGGCACGAGGGACGAUACCAGUAAAGAGAGCUCUAGUCAGCGCAGCAGUGACAGCCCAGGCGCGGCGGAGCCACAGGGCGAGAUUUUUAAGUCGUCGGCUUCAGCGGGAGGGCGUGGCGACGAUUGCGUGCGCGGCCGUCGCAGCCGUCGUGACCCUCGGCUGCCGCCCUUGUCUUGCGCCGCGUCCUUGUCCCCGUCCUCGUCUUCGUCACCUGCUCCGUGGCACGCUCGCACCGACACGAAGGCCGGCGGCAUGGACGUGGACGCAGCAGUCGAGGAGGCCGACGAAGCCGCUGGCUCCACCAACGCUCCGGCGCUGGCCGCCACGACGUCGCCGAUGGUCUACUUGUGCGACAUGCUCCGUCUCUCCUUCUCGCCGGAUAACGGGGCCGACAACUCAAGAACAGUCGGCGCAGAGAUCGACGAGGCGCAGAAGGCGCAGCGCGCGGGCACGGCGCGUGUAGGUGGUGUCCAGGGCCGCUACACGUGCGGCCCCGACAACCGUCGGCGUCACUCACGGACCGUUCUCACUGACGAUGACGACGACAGCUCGCUGUGCAGAAGUGCCGCGUCGACAUCCUCCAGCCCGCCCUCGCAAAGCCGGACUGCCAUUCGACGUUUGAUGGACAUGGAAGACGCGGUGGUAUCCGACGGCAACCUGUCGGCGUCGCCACCUUCGCUACUCGACGUGACGCGUGGCAGGUGCGGGACCGCCGCCAGCACGACCACAACGGGGCCCUCCGCCUGCACACCGCACCGAGUCGCCGGCCGCCUCGCACUAACCGCAGACGAGCGGCGCCUACAAGCCUCAACGGCGAGCACCGUUGCGUGGGGUAGAGCCAACGGGAGUGAGCACAGCCACCGUGGUGCCGCAGCAGCGGUCGUCACCGCCACUCCGGAGGAGUCCUCCGCGCGGUCCUCUAUACUCUCCAUCUUCUCCACUCCGGCGCAGACACGCUUGCAGUCGCUGUUGCAAGCGUCCACUUGGUCCACGGCGACGCCGUGCUCGCACGAGCAAGGGAACAGCAACCACAGCAGCAGGAGGAGCGCUCAUCGGCGCCCACAGGUCGCCCACGCAACGUCGACUGGGGGGCGAACGAGUCCCCGCGCGACCAGAGAAGACAGCGACGACGUCGAAGACGAAAUCAAGAUGGGAACCGCCGACCAGAACCCAUACGGCCGCGUGCCCACGGCAGCGGCCACUGCGUCGGCGCGGCCCAUGAUGCCGUGCGACCAGGCCAAGAGGAAGUGCGACAACGGCGGCCUUCGCCACAGUCCUGGUAAGGGUCACGAGCCGCAGCAUCUUGUCCGCCAAGGGGAAAAAGGCGGUGAGGAUGGACACGUGCGCGGCAGUAGCAACAGCAGUAGCAGCAUGACACCAACGCGUCUAUCUGGUGUCUAUGCCUCCCCUGCAGCAGCGCGGGCAUCUGCCACCGUGAUCGCGACCCCGUCAAGGACGGCUGUCGCAGAAGCCGCCCCGGCUUCGGCCUCACCCUUGCAUCCGUCCCCCUUUCGCAGCACCGGCUCCUUUCUGCAGGUGUAUCACGGCUGGAGGGGCAGCACCUCGACAGCCGCGCCAAGCGGUGCGAACUGGCUGUCGCUCUCUCAGGAGGCGGACAUUCAGCUCUUGGCUCGCACGACACGCCUUACGCACGCGCGAGGCGGCUCGACGACGGGGGCGAUGACACCCAAGGUAUGCGAUCUGGCGCGCUCUCCCCAGCAGCCCCCGCCCUCGCCACCCUCAUCCCCUUCGCGGCGCUCCACCGGCUCGCUCAGCUUCUUCCUGGCGGCAGCGGCGGCCUCUCCUGGGAGUGGAGGCGGCACCCGCACGAGCGGCGGUGGCGGUUUUAGCGAAGACGACGAGGGACGAGGCGUGCGCGCGGCAGGCAGCGCGGUCUACGGUAGCGCGGUGGCACGGCGACGCUCGUGGGCACCGCGGAAGCAGCAGCAGAAACACCGAUGGCGGCAACAGUCACACUCGUCCAUGGGCAUGCACUCCCCAUCCGUCAGCGUCCGCGGCAUCAGUCGCACCGACAGCAGUGGCAGUCGCUUCAGCGAGGCCUUCGGAGUAGCGCCGCAGCGGCUAACGUUCGGGAGUGCCAUCGCCUCCGUCUCCGUCGCCAACAGCAACACCGACAGUGUCGAGCGUUGGCCAGGGGCGUAUUCUACCCCGACGGCGCUUGCCCUCUCCCAUCCACGUCAGCAGCGACAGCACCGCGCGCCUCUGCCGCCCUACGCGUUCUCGCCUGGCGAUGCGUGCCGUCGCGGCGACGGUGUCGAGGAAGCAGCGGAAAGCAGUCGUCACUCGCUGCUGCUAUCGUCGGAGCAGCCCACCGCCUCGCCGCGACCGUCGUGGGCGUUGUCGACGUCGUCGCCCCUGUCGCUCUCGCCCUUUGCACCUCGUACGCCGAGCGGGCGGCUAUCACUGCCGUCCACCGAGUUCAACCAGGCCCCACUGCGACACGGCGAGACGCGAGUCGGGUUCAGCACCAGGUCUCCCCCCUCCACCUCGAUCGCCAGCGCCGCUGAGCAGCGGACGCAGCACGUGCGUGGAUCCUCUCGUCGGAGCCGCCGCCGCGCGAAUCGCGCCUUGUCCUUCUCCACACUGCGCUCAUCACCUUCCGCCCUUGCAACGCCCACUGUGUGGGCAGGGGUGGAGUACACGCUGGGCGCUGCCACGCCAUUGGGCGGACGCAUCGAUGCUCCCUCUCCGUCCCCUCUCAACAGCGGCCGUCACUGCCGCACGAGCAGUGACGGCAGCAUGACAAGGAGCAUGGAAAGCGUUCACAUCGCCAGCAGCGGCCGCUCUCGCGCUUCAGCGUCGCUCAUGCUACAGCUCCAGCCGGUUCAGCCCCGAAUCUCUUCCACGGCGCCGCAGCCGACUCUUGCCGACGAGCUGCGCUUGUUCGCUAGUCCCGUCCUCCCCACCGCCCCCAUCGAGCCGCUGGUGUCCUCCUCCUCUGCCACGGCCCCGCUGCCCCUAACCACGUUCAUCGCCUCGCCGCCGGGAAGGACGGGACCGCCUACCUCUACCAUCGUGCCGCCUUCCACGUCUUCUCUUGUGCACUCGCCUCGUCAACGACCAUCUCUCCCACCGGAGCUGCUGGCAUUGAUGCAGAUGCGCACUUCGGCAUCGUCGACAUCAGCGGCAGCGGCAGAGACACACCGCGAUCCAGGUGACGCACCGUCAUCGAUGUCAGCACAACCGGCAGAGAGCGGAGCAAUGGCCCCGCCGUGCGCCUUCGCCUCUUACAGCACGACAAUGCAGCGGCGAGGCUGCAGCGAGCGACGCGACGUCAACGUGGAGCCCGGACAGGGAAGCCCGUCCUCCCCCCACCGGCCUGGGUCCUCUCCCACCACAGUGAGAAGGGGGUUGGGGUGA